CCUGAAGGCAAGUAGAGAGGUUUUACUUUUUUGCUGAGAACACGUCACCUUGCAUCUCCCAGCUUCACAAGCAGGACAAAUCAUUUUCAUAAUGUCAACAGAGUGUGUUAGGACUCCAGAGGUUCCGGAAAACAGACUAAAUGCCCAGGAACAGUUAUAUUCAAAACUUUCAGAAAAACUGAUCGAGGACUGCAAUAUGGAUGCAGAACAAAAACAGGAUAAGGGCCCCCCAGAAGCACAGGGACCUGAACAGGAGCAGAAAAAACCCAGGAGAAAGGACACACCAGUGCUUUAUAUCCAUCCUGUUAUUCCAGGAGUUAAACUGAUGAAAGAAGAAAACCGAGCCAUUUUUAUGGAAGAUGAAGAAAAAGAAUGGAAGAAUUAGCUGUCCUGUUGUAUCUUAAGAAACGGAAUGCUUGACAGGGAUUUCGAGGAUGGUAGGGGUUCUGAAGUGUGCUGACUCAUGGGUUUGUUUUUUUGCAAACAACAGCUGUACGUGUGAUGUCACUUCAUCCCAUUCACAAGAACGUUUUUUUUUGUAAUGGUCUAUAUGUGUUAUGCCCUAUGUAAUGAAAAAAACAGGCAUUUAGCUUUUGGAUAGAAAGUAGAACCUCAUUUCACAUACUACAAAAAUGCAAUAAUCAAAAACAAGUUGUCUUCAUUUUAUUUUGUGGGCAAGGCUGUCACAAAAAAACCCUACAGGCAUCUGUUUUUUUUUUUUGGUAAUAAUAUUUCCUAUUUUUUAUCUUCGUUGAAUGUUACUAUAGUACUUAGAUUUACUGGCCAGGCCCAUACCACAGGGAAGCACCUCCACUUGUGACAUUUAUUAUAUUUAUAGAAAGAAACAUAGUGCUAUUUAAAUAUUGGUACCAUUUAUAGUAAUUGAAUUACCUGUGCCUUUUACCAGUGCCAAUGUGUGCUUAUUGUUGCCACUUAUCCACCAACAUCAAUAUAAGCAGAAGAAAUAACUUUCCUUUAUGAACACAUUUUCAUUAUAGUACUGCUGUCCUGAAAGUGCCUUUUUAAAAGGUACUGGAUCAAAUAAGAAAAAAAAAAAAAAAAAAAAAAAACUGUGUUAAUGAUAACUGAUGUUUUUUGGCAUUUGUUGCCCUACACUGUAUAAGCAUUUCUGUCAUGGUAAACAUUUGUUAUU